AUGGAUGAUAGGCGUCAUGCCGUCCCGGCUGCUAGCCGCGCUAAGGCUCGCCGCCUGCGCCCGGACGGCAUUCUGGGCCGUUUGACUUACGCUCCAAUUGCUCCAGGCGAGGAAAUCGGAGAGAUGCGCCGAAACCGCGCUCAUGGCGAUGUUCCUCAUUUCAGGCAGGUCACGCCCUUCACCCUAUGGUGUGCCCCCGCCAUCAGCUCGGCUCCCCAACCCGGUGACCUCAGACCAUGGGAGAUGGUGAGGAGUCAGAGCAACUUCCUCCUUGAGAACUUUCCCGAGGCCGCUAUCAUCGAUGACAGUGUCGAGUCGCUACUCCUGCAUGAGAUAGUCGCCUCGCAACCUCAUAUGAAGAGGCAGACACCCCCAUCACACUCACCCUCUAUGUUGGCUGUCGGCGAAAUCACCGAUCUGAGAAACCCUGACCUGCCGACCAAGGGCCAUCCGGUGCUGGCCGCCGCGUCCGGGAUUGCAGGCAACGUUUUGUGCUUAAUCAGCCUAGCUCGCGAGGAAUGUACCUGGACCGACCCAGAUAUCAAGGUUCGCCAGUAUGCGCCGCAUCCACAAAUCGAGGGCGUAUGGAGCCAGAGCGAGGUUCCAAUCACUCUGAUCCGUUUUCCUGUCGACCUGAAAAAGGGUGAUCCAAUACGUUGGCUGAUUGUCCAAAAUGGCAACUCGACGACCGUCUACGAACCGGAGCUUCGCAGCAUCCCAAUUGCGACAGGUUACGGUUCGACAGUUACGCAGGUCUUCGCCAACCCUCUGUUUACCAUUCCUUCCGAUGCUACUGGAGGAGCCAUGCACUGCGACGCCUGUGUCAUGCGAGAUCCAGAGACGGAUGUGCCCAUGCUUGCUGUCAUCGACCAACUUGGCCACUGGAGCAUCUUCGAGAUCAAAGGUCGACGAAGCGCAAGGCCGAAAAUACUGACUCCGGUUUCCAUUAUGCGUGGAAAUUGCCUUAUGGGAUCUAUUUCGAAGCAUCCUGCCAUGCGUAUCCCUAAGGACCCGGUGCCCCACAGGGUCUUGUUCAUGACUGCAGAAGUGAGGAAUAGAGGUGGCUCGAAAGCCAUGAGCAAAGCGAAGUCCGAGAAGUCGGAGAAAUCUGUGUUUGAGGAGAAGCACAGGCGGCCAAUCCUUUUGCUCUGCAACCCACAAGCCCUCAGUCUGUUUAAUACUGCCACAGGGAAGUUUUAUGUUGCUUCUCAUGUGGUGCUAGCAAAGGACACCCAGCGUAUCCUCGCCGUGGAGCCAUCCAAGAUCGAUCCGUCGCAGGCUUUCAUUCUCACUACCACAUCCGUCUUGUGGGUGGCGGUGAAGGAUAGCAGGAAGCAGGGCCUGACUCUAGAGGUUCUUGUGUCGUGCGCUCACCAGAAGGAUGCCAACGACCCGACUCUGCGGCUCGACGUCUCGCCAGCGGCAUACUUGGGUGGCACGAAAGCCUGUUUUGUCUGCGUUAGGUCUGCCAGAGAGAGCGAGGUGACGGUAUUUUGGUUCAUCUAUCCGCAGUCAGGCCUUCCUGCUCGCUACCACCGCAGUGUAAUUCAACUUCGCGGUCCGCCUGGUGUAGUCUGGGUGCACAUCCAUCCGUUAGGGCGGCGAGUGGGGUUAGAAGAGCCUGCGUCGGAGACCGGUCUUGCGCUUCGCAGAGCCCAGUUGAGGUUCUUCCAGAUCAUGACGCUGGGGCACGACCUUGAUAUUCAUAGUACGCUGUGUGCCUGGUCGGACGAUGCUGGUAUCUCGGUUCCCCCUCCUGAUCACAAGGAGAUAUUGGACGAUAGCGGUACCCAUCGUCACAAGUUGUUGCAAACCCUGACCAGCGCGUUUGUGGUGCCGGAUGGCUUUGAUGAGCGGUUUGUGUUUCAGCAGAAGAAGGAGCUUCAGGUUCCUUCGUCACCACACAACAACAAGGCGGUUGAGAGGCAGUCUCCAGUCGACCUGAGCUUUGUUGCAGAGCGUUUGCUGUCAACAGGAUCGAGGGAUGAAGCGAUGUACGAAGAUCACAGUAUGGCUGAGGAGGUAGAUUUCAGCUUUAUAAGCGAAGUGAUUCAGCGGGGAAGCGAAGAAGGCUACAUGCCACGCCAAUCAUUACUUGACUUAGCGGUGUCUCAUCUCCCGGGGGACCUUUUCCAGUUAGCCCGCGAAUGGGAUAUUCAACGCGAGGCUAUCCAGCGUCGUACUGGUGAGCGACAUUUCGUCCCCGAAGCUCGGCCUCCAAUCAUCCACUUCGGUCCAGAUGAUUUGUUGGAAAGGCUUCAGGAGAUGUUCCCCGAGUCUUCAAACAGCGGACAGUCUGCUACCCGGGAAAAGGUUUUGCAGGACAUGGCCGCCGAAUUAUACUUCGCAAGUAUCGGCAUCUCAGCUGUGCCAGAGGCAUGGACCGCUCCACCUGGCAAGCUGCUCAGUUCGCAGCCAUUUCCUAGUUCGCCGACACUACUGUUUUCGCAGCCCAGUCUCUUCAGUCCGACCAAAAUCAGUUCGUCAUGGAAGGGUAAGGCCAAGGCUACUUCCGACGAUUCGUUGGAAGAACAGCCACAGGGAGACACCGUGGUUCUUCGGCUGCGCAAAUAUGCGACCAUCAACACAUCCGACACUGCCAACGGGGAGCCAGAACUCAAUCUGUCCCGUUGGGACCUUGGCGUGGAUCCAGACAAAAUUACAUGGCGGCCUGGUCAGGAUCUGGAGGCUGAGGCUGCACUGGAGAGACGCAUCUCAAAGCGUGAAGCUCGUCGCAGGAAGGCAGAGCGCCUGUCGCAAGCCAUUCUGGGUCGUGACUCGUUUGGAGGCAGGCUGUCAACCUCCUCACAGAUACUCCCAUCAAGCCAGCAGCCGAUAAUCAUACCAACAAGCCAACCUUCAAUAGUAUCAUCGCAGCGGCUGCCUCCUUGGGGAGACAUGGCAGCAGCCUCGCAGCCUGUCCUCGGGGCAUAUGGUUCACCCAUUAGGAUGCGGGCUGGAUCACCCCUAAGGAAGGAGUAUCGCCCUCCAAGGGACUCGUUGGGCUCAGAGUUUGGGUCCCAAUCCCAGUCACAAUUGCAGUCUCAGGACACGCCGUCGCAACAGUUCUCAUUGUACCAGCACAUCGAUUUCGACCAGAUUGUUACGUUGAAUGAGUCAGAGCACGGAUCCGGCAAGGCAGUCGUCAAAAAGACAUGGGCCGAGCGCAUGAACCCGGAGCCCGAGGUCGCUAGCGAUGCAGAUGAGGAGUUGAUUAUUAAUGUGCCGUUCACCGGCCAAGUCAGGCUGCACUCCAUCCUGCUGCGGACAAGCGACUCAGAGUCGGCGCCCAAGACGCUCAAGGUCAUCAUCAACCGCGAUGAUGUUGACUUUGCUUUUGCGAGCGAGACUGAUGGAACUCAAACCUUUGAGCUGGCCCGCACGAAUGAGGUUCAAGAGCUGCCAGUGCGCCGAGCGCGCUUCAACGCCGUCCGACGCAUCGCGCUCUUCUUCCCCGAGAACUUUGGCGAUGGCGAUGAGGACACCACACGCAUCAGCUACAUUGGUUUCAAAGGCGAGUGGAUGCAACUCGGUCGUGCGCCGACUAAUAUCAUCUACGAGGCGGCUGCCAACCCAGGGGAUCACAAGAUCAAGGGGACGGAGGUCAAUCAGAUGGGGCACAGCAUUGGGGGUAAGGGGCCGGAUGUUUAA